UAAUUAAGUUUAUUAUAUAAUUUGUUGACAAUUAAAUGGAUUUAUUAUUAUUAUCGGCGGUCAGGAAGGGCUUUUUUAAGCUUUCAUGCCUCUAUGAUGUUAAAAUGCCCUGAAUUCUAAAAAAUUUAUCUCCACAAUUUGGCGCGCAUGCAACCCUUCGGUGGCUAUUAUCCAAUCAGCUGUACGCUAGUAAGAAUUUUCGUUUAGUUGGCUUUAUUUGCAAUUUUUGUUUUGUUGCUGCCUUUUCAAUCGAACCUCAGCAAGUAGCAUGUAAAACGCGUAUGACUUGUGACAGCAUUGUGUGGUGAUAAAGAAAAUUUUGUGGUUGCGCAUGUGAAAUUUCAUUGCGUUACGUAUGCAUAUUUCACGAAUAACUUUCUGUGCAUUGGGUUUUCUUUCGAAAUUUGAAUUUGAAUUGCAUGUAAAAAAUAGCGGAAGUAGUACAGCGCAACGGACAUUGUGCAUUGCAGCGGAUGCAUUUAAAACAAAACCAGAUUGCGAGCUAAGAAAUGAAUGAAAUGCUGCAAACUGGCGGAACCGCCAACGGAACUGCAAUAAUGAUGUCCCAGUUGGCGGCCACAGCGGGGUCACAACCACCAGCUCAGACUACCACCGCCGCACAACCAAGAAGCCAGCAACGCAUUGCAGAACCAUUGCAUAUACAACGAUUGGAGGCGGCUUUAAAUAUGCGACCUUUUAUGGAAUAUGCAAGAAAGGUUUUGUCACAACCGCUCAGUAGCGGUGAUGACUCAAACGCUACAGAAGACGACGAACCGCAAGGGGUUGACGAUACUGAUAACUCUGAUGAAGAGGCUGGGGGUACACGAAAGAAGCGGAACCGGCGACUAGGUACCAAAGAAGAACGCCAAAGUGUCAAAAUGCAAUUAUUAAACUUCAGUGACCUUACAAAUGAUAGGGAAUGGUUAUACGAUGUGCUGCUUAGCGAUACUGAUACUGAAACCGAAAUAAGUGACGAAGAUGACUAUGUAAAGGAAUUACUCAAAACACAUAUAUUUGAACAGAGACACCGCGAAAACUUUUACAAGAAGGCGACAAAUACUCAAUACGCUUACUACGGUGCUGGUAUGCUCUCUAAUCAUGACAUGUUUCCCGAACAUCAACAAUCUAUAAUGGGCGUGCGUAGACGUAGGCGGCGCACUAAGAAAGAGAAGCCCAUCAAGCCGCCCAAGUUGCCGAAAGAGCCUAAAGUGCGCAAACCACGUAAACCGAAAGUCGAACAACCUGAGCCCGGUGAAAUACCACCGUCCGAAUUGAAUAAUUACGCCUUUGGCGACACAUCAGCAGUUAAUGAUGAAGAUGACAAUAUAACCGAUGAUAUGGAUAGCACUUUAGAUGCCAACUUAUCGCUGCUACCGCCAAGUGGAGUGCCACACAGCGGGCGCGGACGGCGUCGCAAGAGUCAGCAAGCACGUACACCCGAGGUGAUGGCAGCGCGUCGACGCCGCGUUUGGCAAUUGAUGGCCAAAAAGGAACUUGGACGAUGUCAACGCGGCAAGGCCAACAAUCAUAAGGAGGUGUUGCAAAAUUGCAAACGUGUGGCCACUAUGUGCUCGAAGGUGGUGAGACAACGCGCUAUGGUUUCACAAAAAGUCAUGAAGGAGACUGUGUGGCGCGCCAAACGUCUCACGCGCGAAAUGAUGGGCUACUGGAAGCGCUACGAGCGUGUAGAACGCGACACGCGGCGACGCAUGGAACGUGAGGCGGAGGAGCAGCGCAAAAUGGAUGUCGAAAUCAUAGAGGCGAAGCGACAGCAACGAAAACUAAAUUUCCUCAUUACACAAACAGAGCUUUACGCGCAUUUUAUGUCGAAGAAGUUGGGCCAGGGCACCGAAGAGGAGCAGCUGCGUAUACUAAAUCAAUUGGAUGAGGAGAUCAAUCCGCGUUUAGCCGCUUACGAUGGCUACGAUGCUGAUCACUACAAAUCGUUGGCGCAAAAAAACGCCGAACUUGCUUUCUCCACCGACCGCGACAAGACGCGACGUUUCGAUGUGGCGGCGCACUUGAAGCAGGAGCAUGAGGCUGCAGCUAUCAAAAAAGAAGAGGAUGAUGAUGAUGCUGAGUCGCUCUUGCCAGUGAUGCCAGCGAAGGCAGAUGUGCCGCAACCGAAAAUGUUCAAGGGCACACUCAAGACCUAUCAGAUUAAGGGUGUAACAUGGCUCGCAAAUCUGUAUGAUCAGGGCAUCAGCGGCAUACUCGCCGACGAGAUGGGUCUGGGCAAAACUGUGCAAUCGAUUGCAUUUCUAUGUCAUGUGGCCGAGCAUUAUGGUGUUUGGGGUCCAUUUCUAAUAAUCUCACCUGCCUCUACGCUGCACAACUGGCAGCAGGAGAUGCAACGUUUCGUGCCUGACUUCAAUGUCGUACCCUAUUGGGGUUCGCCGAAUGAGCGCAAAAUUUUGCGUCAAUUUUGGGAACAAAAGGAUCUGCACACGCGUGAUGCCAGCUUUCAUGUGGUCAUCACCUCGUAUCAACUGAUUGUUUCCGAUUACAAAUACUUCAAUCGCAUCAAGUGGCAGUACAUGGUGUUGGAUGAGGCACAGGCCAUAAAGAGCGCUUCCUCCAUGCGUUGGAAACUGCUGCUCGGCUUCAAUUGCCGUAAUCGACUCCUGCUCAGUGGCACGCCCAUACAAAACAGCAUGGCCGAGUUGUGGGCACUCUUGCAUUUCAUUAUGCCCACACUAUUCGACUCGCACGACGAAUUCAAUGAGUGGUUCUCCAAGGAUAUCGAAUCGCAUGCGGAGAAUAAAACGGGCAUCGAUGAGAAGCAAAUCUCACGUCUACAUAUGAUACUCAAACCGUUCAUGUUGCGACGCAUCAAAAAGGAUGUGGAGAAUGAGCUUUCCGAUAAGAUUGAGAUUAUGGUCUAUUGUCCGUUGACCAUACGCCAGAAACUGCUCUACAUGGCGUUGAAGAAGAAAAUACGCAUCGAGGAUUUAUUGCACUUCACAGGCGGUGGCGCGGGUAGCGCCGGUGAUGGGCAUCAUUUCGAUAAGAAUUUCACAUCGAAUCUCAUGAACCUGGUGAUGCAGUUCCGGAAGGUGUGCAAUCAUCCGGAACUCUUCGAGCGACGCGACGCCAAAAGCCCGUUUGCUAUGCGCUGCGAGGAGUAUGUGCUGCCGCGUUUGGUUUACGGCGAGUGUUUGCUGCAGCGCGCCAUGCCCAGCAAGCGGCAUUUGCUCUACAAUAGUUACUCCAUCUUUAAGGCGGCCUACUUGCAUAAAACGCUCUUCAGUGAACCGCUUGCCGUUAAAGCUGGAAAGUCCAAUGAGCAGUAUGCGCGCUAUGUGGACUUGAACGCCAGCGAUAGUUCCUGCUUUAGUUUCACGCGCUUAUGCGACCUCUCACCGCGCGAUAUGGAGGAUGUUACCAUCAACGGAUUGAUUAGCUACAUACUACACUAUCGCCGUCGUCUGUUGCAAUACGAUUUGCUGGCUUACCGUCGUCAAUGGUGGCCUCAUUAUAAAUCCACUCGCUUUCAGCUACUAGAGCCGUUGCUGGAGAAUCCGUUACAGCCUAGCUUUAUGCUACAGCAAAGUGUUUUACGUAAUUUCCUCUUCACUGGCGUGACCAGCCGAGAGAGCACCGUUUAUUCUUUCGGCAGUUAUAAAACGAUGAAUAUACAGGAGACGAUCGAACAUCGCGUUAUCCGCAGCAAAUAUAUUGGUGAUUCGAAGCUAACAGCAGCGCACUUGCACGAUAGUUUAAGCGAAGAUUUAGAUAUAAAAGCCGAAUAUGAUUUGGAGAGCAGCGUAGAGGUGCCCAGCAAAUCACACAAAUGCACAUCGAAGCACAAAGCUGAUGUGAGUGCCAACGCCAAGUUGCUGCCUGAAUUUCGGCAUGUGCCACGCACGCCCACCGUAUACCAGUGUGAAGCGCUCGAAAUGCCGCGCUUUUUGUACGGACUCGGUCAACGCGUGCAGGCGGUUAAACGAAACUUAUACUGUGAAAGCCGCGACGCUGCUUGGUCACAAAUACGCCAUCUGCAGUGCGAGAACUCAGUCGGUUUGGAGUUGGUUAACACUGCGCUGGAUCUGUGUCGUCCGCGCUAUGGCUGGUCUUCGAUUGUUGUGCCCGAUAAGCAAACGCUCGUGUCCGAUGCCGGCAAAUUAGCUGUGCUGGACAGUUUGUUGACACGCCUCAAGGCGCAGGGUCACCGUGUGCUUAUCUACUCACAAAUGACGAAAAUGAUUGAUUUAUUAGAGGAGUACAUGUGGCAUCGCAAGCAUCGCUAUAUGCGCUUGGAUGGUUCGAGCAAAAUCUCAGCGCGUCGUGAUAUGGUGGCCGAUUUCCAGACAAGGGAGGAUAUUUUUGUUUUUCUGCUUUCGACACGCGCCGGUGGUUUGGGUAUUAAUCUAACGGCUGCGGAUACGGUUAUAUUCUAUGACUCCGAUUGGAAUCCGACCGUCGAUCAACAGGCCAUGGAUCGUGCGCAUCGUCUUGGACAAACCAAACAGGUGACCGUUUACCGGCUAAUCUGCAAGGGCACCAUUGAAGAGCGCAUAUUACAGCGCGCACGGGAGAAGAGUGAGAUCCAACGUAUGGUCAUAAGUGGUGGUAAUUUCAAACCCGAUACUCUCAAGCCCAAGGAAGUGGUUUCUUUGUUGCUGGAUGAUGAAGAAAUUGAAAUCAAGUAUCGCCAAAAAGUUGAUCCCGAUGCGGCAAGCAGUAGCCAAAAUAGAGAUGUACCCGGUGCAAGCAACGAUAAGAAACGCCAGCGCAAUCCAAAUAAGCAAUCACAACAACCAGGUGGCAUUACAAUACCGGCAGCGGGUGGCGGCGUUGAAUCCACCAUCGGUGGCGACUCGCCGGCCAUGAAGCGCUCGAAACUGGAAGCGAGUGCCGCAAAUGAUGAUGACUCCAUCGAUGUGGCCGCCACUUCGGGCACCUCGAGCCCGAGCACUAGCGCUGCCACCGCGAUUGGCGGCAAUAUGGAACCAUUUGUGCCCGGCGCCACCACCGUUAUGCACAACGACGACUCCGAUAAUGAGGCGCUGAUCGUGGACUGCGAGAGUCCGUUGCACGGCGCCGAAUCGCCCAGGCAAAAGAAUCUCAAUUUCAUAUCUGAUGGCAUGAUGUGCCAUAUGCAACAACAACAACAACAGAACCACCAACAAUCAAGUCGAAGCCCAUGCGACACCCAAACAAAUCUGCAAGCAAAAUCGAAGCUCAAGAUCGCUCAAGCGACAUGCCACCAACGCCACCGUCAUCAGCAUCGUCAUCGCAAGCGCAGCAAUGCAAGUGUCAGCGCUACCAACAACGCUGCUGGCGGGCAGCCAUAAGAGCCAUACAGCAACAACAACAAUCAUGCAGCGUGCUGCUUGCCACAAAGGUUGCAGCUGAAGCAGAAGAAGAAAAAAAUGUUUAAUUUGAAAUGCAAGCGAAAUGAAAAAAUCUCUAUUAUCGCUUGCUGCAACAGCAACAACAACAAAUGUCGACGGUGACAUUCGAUGAUAGAGUUGCAAGUAAGAAGUGUUGCUGUUGGCACGAUGCAAGGUUUCUCUCCACGGGCCAUGCAACAAAAUGUAUGCAAUAUCUACAUACCAUAUAUAUUUAUCGGCAGUAUAUAAAUAUAUCUAGUAUAGACAUAUAUAGUAUUUUUGUAUGUACUUGUAGUUGUUGCUUGUAAUAUUUCUAAUCUUUUGUUGCUGCUGUUGUUGUUAUGGCUGUUGUGCCUGCCACCACCAUACUUGGCAACAGUUGGUUGGGUGCGCGGCGCACGCGCAACACGCAUUUGAGGUCAUAACCCAAUUCCUUUUGGCUGUCGCCAACAGCAGCAGCAGCGCUCACAAUAAUAUAUACAUUGAGUGGAGGAUGUCACCAGCAAAAUCACUACAAACAACAAUAAAAUAUUUAGUAGCAGUUGGCCUCAGCUGCCUCAGCCGUUAUAGCUGCAUUAUCCAUACACUGUUUUCCAUUUCCACACUCGGCCAAUCGGCAUUUAUCCCAGCCAUUCAAGCAACAAGCAUCCAUCCAUCCGUCGCGAUCGCCGAUCGACAGCGUGUUUCGUUACUGAUGGCGGCAUCGGCGCUGGGGCAACAACAAGCGCGAUAGCAUUGAAAGCGCAUCAGCGGAGUUUUCCAAUUUCCAAUUGGCAAUUUUCGUAGACACUGAUGUCAGUGUCAUCACCAUUUCCACAAUCAUUGCAUUAACAUCAGCCGCAUUUGGCAGCCGCUUGCCGCUUGCAACUUGCAACAUUUGAUGCCACCAACGCCGCUUGUCUUGUUUGGUUCGUUUUUCGGUGGGCUUUCCCCUUGACCAUUUGAGUUAAUGCCAUCGCCACUUUAUUAUUCUAAAGAGUUGACGAGCUUUUUCUGGUUGUUUUUGCUAUCUUAGCCUUUAAUGGUGACAUAUUUUCGCUUAGUGUCCAGUUUCAAACGUAAAAACUCGUUAUUAGUGUUUUUUUUUUUAUGAAAUAUGGUUUUCCCUUGUUAAUGUUUUAGUCAGCUUCUUUAUCAUAUUCAUCAUUAUGUUUUACUUCAAUUUUGUUUAUUCGAAAAUUAUUUUCUUUAAUUCAAUGAAAUCUAUUUACUUUUUAUAAUUUUUCUAUCUUGAAUUGUAAAAAUAAAAACAAACUGCGUUAAUUAUUCUAGCGUGUCUUGUGAGUUUUAUUAUUUAUAUUUUUAAACAAUAAGACUUCUUCAAGUUUCUUCAGAUUUCAUGAUUUUUUCAUCUAAUAAUUUAAUGUUUUAGAACUAGAUACUAGUAUAGCACUAUUACGGUGUUCCUAAAGGUAUAACAUGUUCCAAAAGAAAAGCUGUCAAAUCAACUGUAAAAUUAGACAUUGAAGUCAAAUGCCAAUUUAUGGUUUGAAGGCUCUCACAAAUUAGCAUGUAAACUUAAAUGAAGUAAUAUCGUGGAUAUUUACUAUUUCCAAACGUUCGUCCUACUGGGCUACCUUACGGAACAACUCGUUUUCUUCAUCGAUAAAGCACAUCCCUGGGUUUAAGUGUAUAUAAACGAGUAAAUUCAAUAAUUGGAGUAUCUUAAUAUUAGAUGAUGAGUAGAUGCCACCAGGCUCACUGAUCCUUACAGAAAUGUAUUAAAACGAUUCGAGAGUCAACGAAAAUAAGUUUUUACAGGUUUUACGGUUUUCUUCGCCGAGCAUUGUGGGUUGUUAAGUGGAUCAAAAUUAAUUAACAUCUCUACAGGGAUAGCAGUAUUUAAAAUAUCAAGGUCAAGACAGAUGUUUGGUUUUUUUCUGAUAUUCUUUUUAUUUUGCAUUUUUUUAAUUGAUCCCAUCCUUAUCAAUGCUUUCUCUUUCAAUAUCUAUAGCGCCUACAUUCAGAACGUCGCAAUCUGGAAGUUUCUUUAGUUCUAGUUCUAAAAUAUUAUAUAGUCCUUACGAAUGAUUUUUUGGAACUCAAGUAUCCCAAUAGGUCAUUCUGCGGCUACAUUUUGGCUUGAUUUAAUGACUUGUAUGUUUGCGGUCAUUGUCCUGCUGGUAUAUAACGUUAUCUGCCGCCUGGUCAUCAUGACCAGCUCACUAAACCACUAUUUUCCUAUUUUUUUAUCGCUCUUUGGAUUGUGGCCUUGAUCAUAGAAUAUUGUUCUGCAAUUUUGUCUUACCAUUGUUCAAUUUAAUGAUCCUGAAGAAUCAAUAAUACUGUAAUAUACAAUAAAUUUUUAAAUUUAAAGUAGCAUUAAAAUCGAUAUUUUCCGUCCUUAACCUUCCCAAUGUUCAUACCGUCGUGGAGGAAUUAAAUUUCAAGUUUAAAGUAGUAAAAUCUAUAAGAACAAAAGGCGAGUUUGGGAAUAUAGAAAAUAUAGAAUUGGUUCAUAUAUAUAUAGAGAGAGAGAGAUUAAAAAGAGCAUAUUCUAGCCUAAUCUUAUAAACCCGUUAAAAUGGGAGGUUAGAAUGCUUGAGACUCGCAAUCUAAUUAUUUUCUUCGUUGUCUUUGAAUACUGUUGAAAAUGUAUGCUUAAGAAGUCCAAAAUGAUACGUGUAGUUUCUCUACACCACCCUUCCAGUCCACCUUUAACUAGAAUAAAAAAUACUUUAUCCAGUACUGAGCCACUAUCGAUAUUUUAUGGAGUUAAACUUCUAUUUAUAAUUUUUAUGAGUACUCCUGUGAAGGUCUUUAUAAAAAUCUAAAACUAAAUGUUAUUAAAUACAUUUUAUUUCCUGUUCGGACAAGAAGUUCCCAUUUGUUAUUGAUAAUUCGAAAAAAACACAUAUUCUAGUAUUUUUAAAUCAAAAAGUUUUUGAAAAGUGUAAAAAAAUAUUUUUAAAUUACAAAAUAUUGGACAAGAAUUGGCAUUGGAACUGUGCAUACGCAUAGAAUUUUGAACCAAAACACAAAUAACCAAAGCGGUUUUUUCGAUUCGAAAUUUCUGUGCUGAAAUUUUGGCGUAAAACUACUUAAAAUCCGAAAAUUCCACAAUAGCAGCUUAAAACCACCAAACAAUCAACUAAUAAGAAGACAACAACAACAAACUGAAAGUCAGCAAUAAUUUAUCAUUACCAACAACAAUUAAACAGCAAAUACUUUGUGG